CCAGCGUGUGUUUCACUGAGCUCUGGUUUCAUGUGCUUUGACUUGUUUCCUCCAACAGGACUCGUUAUAAGACGCACAGUGUCUUCAUUUAUUUGGGCUCACAAUCUGCAGCAGAAUGGAUGAAUACUGUUUUUGAGGAAGAAGACAGAAACUCCAUCGUGAAGUCUCUCAACUGGGAAGAUAUAUAUAUUUUGUUUUUUUAAACUACCUGUACUCAUUUUUCUCCAAAAGGUAUAGUCUCAUAGUCGCAUGAUGUGUUGGAUGGAGCAGCAUGUGGACAAAACAAGAGAUGCGUAAAGCGGCUGAAGUAGUGGAAGUGGAGGAGAAGUGAAGUGUGAGGCUGAGAAAUGUGGCUGCAAGUUUCACUGAGCUGAGCUGUGCUGAGCUGGAGGUUUUGACGAGGACGCAACAAGAGGAGGAGGAAAGGGUUAAUGCUGCACGCUGGAGCAGCUCUGCAGGCUUCAGUAGUAAUCAGUGCAUUAACUCAUAUCAUAAUUGGCUUAAAUCAGACUAUAUGAGAGCAAAAACAUUCAUUUAGCACGCAAAUUGCAAAGAAAACACUGGAUCCAAACAAAUCCCAUCACUUUUUUUCCCAAUUUAUUCCACUGCUCCCAUCCUCAGAUCCUUUUCCCCUUCAUUUUUUUUUGCAAUUGUGAUUCCCGAAGUGGCUCCGAAGUGGUGUUGCGGCUCCUCGUCCCCGGCGGAUCCGGAGAUUGGAGUCUGUGCACCGGCAGGAGGAGGAGGAGUCUCACCGCCGCCGGCUCCGAAGAGCGGCGGCCGCAGCGUCAAGAGGAUGGUGCGACUGGCGGCGGAAGUGCUGCUGCUGCUGGGACUUCUCCUCCUCACACUGCACAUCACGGUCCUGAGGAGCAGUCCACUGCCUCCACAGGGAAACACCACUCUCAUCCUGGAUGAUCAGGACUCAGCACUGACAGAGCAGAACAAUAUAAAUGCAAAAAGCAGCUCCUCUGCCCAACUGGCUCCAGAAGACCGGAGGUCUGGUCCAGAACACCGGUUGGCCCACCGGCCCGCCACCCUCCCCUGGGCACAAGGCAGCAACGUACACCGGGACGGCCCCGGAGCUUUCCUCCUGGAUCUGCACAACUUCCCCGACCUCUCCAAAGCCGACAUCAAUGGACAGAAUCCCAACAUACAGGUGACCAUUGAAGUGGUGGACGGACUGGAGGGCCAUGAGCCAGAGAAAGGCCUCCGGAAGGAGAGCAAACCCAACUGGGCUUCUCCUAACUGGAGAAACUGGUGGCCUCAGACGUCCUCAUCCUCCGCUUCUUCCACCACUCAUCAGACAGAGGAGCACGAUCGCGCCUACGGGAGCAACAGCGAGGACAGCAACUUCCUCCGGCCGCCGGCAGACUGGGACAGGAGAGGAGGCGCCGGGGGAGGAAGCAAAGCGCAAACCGAAUAUGACUAUAUGGACGGAGAGGGCGACUGGAGUAACUGGACAGCGUGCAGCGUCACCUGCGGUAACGGCAACCAGAAGAGAACCAGGUCAUGUGGUUACGCCUGCACAGCCACCGAGUCCAGAACGUGCGAUAUGCCCAACUGCCCAGGUAUUGAAGAUGCCUUCAAGACAGCAGCUACUGAAGUGAGCCUGUUGGCUGGAACAGAUGAGUUCAAUGCCACGGAGCUCUUUGGUGUUGACACGGACAGCUGCGAGCGAUGGAUGAACUGCAAGAGCGACUUCCUGAAGAAGUACAUGACCAAGGUGGCAAACGACCUUCCCAGCUGCCCUUGCUCCUACCCAACCGAGGUGGCGUACAGCACAGCGGACGUACACGACGCUCCCACGCGCCGAGAUUUCCGUUGGAAAGACGCCAGCGGGCCAAAGGAGAAGCUGGAGAUCUACAAGCCCACGGCCCGUUACUGCAUCCGCUCCAUGCUGACGCUGGAGUCCACCACGCUGGCGGCACAGCACUGCUGCUACGACGACAGCAUGAAGCUCAUCACUCGCGGCAAAGGGGCGGGCACGCCCAACCUCAUCAGCACGGAGUUCUCGGCCGACCUGCACUACAAGGUGGACAUCCUGCCCUGGAUCAUCUGCAAAGGAGACUGGAGCCGCUACAACCAGGCCAGGCCGCCAAACAACGGGCAGAAGUGUCCCGACGACCCUCAGGACGAGGACUACUACAAACAGGUUGAGGAAGCGAGGGAAUUCUAGCCGGCUGUGGAGCGAAAGGAAAACAUACACUGCGUAAAUAUUCAGCUAAACCUCAAAAAUGGUGCUGAAACCAUUUUUUUUUUUUUUAGAUCAAAUAACACAAGAACUUUUCGGCUCUGAGGAACAAGACUUACUGCUCUUUUGAAACAAGAGGAACAAAAAACCAACAGAGUCAGAACACUUAUUUGCGCACAAGGAACUUUUUUGGACUUCACCAAAAACAGGCACAAAACUGAUCUGUUUUUUUUUUUUUUACGUUUUUUUAUAAAAUAUGCCUCUGAACGAAAAUUUUGCCAGUCACCAAUAACAACUCGUUCAGAUCUGGUCACUAAAGGGAGAACUGUAUUCUUAAAAAGGGAAAAUUAUUAUUCUAGGAAUAUUUGUUUAGAUUGUGUCCAUGUUGGUCUCCAUAGAUUGUUUAUGUUUGGUGAAUCUGAGAGGCCUGCGGUAAUAGGAUAAUGAGAGGAGGUAAGGCGGUGGGGCGGUUGGGCAGGGUUUUCUAAUUUACUCCCGUUUUGCCAUUCACAAUAUCCAGGUUCUCAUGUAAGCUUGUGAGUUUAUUUAGCAUGCACAUUUUUUUUUUUUUUUUACCAUUAAUUUACAACCGUGUCCCUUGUGUCUCUGAGGCAGACCUUUAUUGUAAAAAGCCUGCAUUAUUUUUGUAAAGUAUUUAUUAAGUUGUAGCUGUGUCUGAGUUGGGUGUCUAUGACUGUGGUUUCUGAUUCACAUGUGGCUGAAUGCUAACUUGAGAUUCCUCUCUAGCUCAAACUUUGGCAUCAAUGUGCGUAUUCGUGUCUCAAGUUAGGAUUAAACCGUAAUAGAGCGUUAAAGAAUGUGUGAAUUCAACUGUAUUGAAAGAUUUUUGAGAUAUAAAUCUAUAAAUAAAUUUUUAAAAAGCCAA